UGCCUCUUCACAUCUUUAUCCUUGCACGCCACACGAAAAUAGUACCCCUCAAACAAGAACAUACCAGGGGCGAAUUACCCACGGGGUUUAAAAUACCGGUUUCGUCUGAGGUGUCUGGCGUGGAAAUGAAAUUGCGUGGCCCAGAUUUGGACGAACGGCCCCGGCUGGCUUGCGCGUCUUGUGCGUUGUGACAGGGCGGAGUGAUACGAAGGUGCCGGAGCUCCCCGGUUCACAGCAGGACUGCCGAGCGAAACCGAGCGAAAAUGUCGUCGCAGAGCCUGGAAACCUGCGCUAAAAUCGAAACAAAUGAGACCUUAAAUUCCUUUUUAUGACCCGCGGUUCAUUGCCUUCUUUUUUUUUUUAAACGAAAAGAGAAUAUCCCUUUGCUUCUGUGAAGUUAAAGUUGCUCAACUGUGUUUUUUUCGCUUUUUUUUCCUCCCCUUUCCUCUCGUUUGAAAGAAAUGAAAAUAAUAAUGGAUGAUAUUACUCUUUUACCGUAGUGCCUGAGCUGUCUACCUAGUUGCCAAACAGACAGCGUUAUGCCAACCCACUGACGCAAGAGCAGAGAGCAGCUGAGAAGAUGCCUGUGCAGGCAGCACAGUGGACCGAGUUCCUGUCCUGCCCCAUCUGUUACAAUGAGUUUGAUGAGAGUGUGCACCGGCCCAUCAGCCUGGGGUGUUCCCACACCGUCUGCAAGACCUGCCUCAACAAACUGCACCGCAAGGCCUGCCCCUUCGACCAGACUGCGAUCAACACCGACAUCGACGUCCUGCCCGUCAACUUCGCUCUGCUGCAGCUCGUGGGCGCCCAGGUACCAGACCAUCAGACAGUAAGCUUGAGCAAUGUGGCAGAAAGCAAACAUUAUGAAGUUGCCAAAAAGUGUGUGGAGGAACUGGCUCUCUACUUAAAACCUAUCAGUGGUGGAAAAGGUGUGGCGAGCCUGAGCCAGAGCGCGCUGAGCCGGCCCAUGCAGAGGAAGCUGGUGACCCUGGUGAACUGCCAGCUGGUGGAGGAGGAAGGGCGGGUGCGCGCCAUGCGGGCGGCCAGGUCCCUGGGCGAGAGGACCGUCACCGAGCUCAUCCUGCAGCACCAGAACCCCCAGCAGCUCUCCGCCAACCUGUGGGCGGCGGUCAGGGCGCGGGGGUGCCAGUUCCUGGGGCCCGCGAUGCAGGAAGAUGCCCUGAAGCUGGUCCUUCUGGCCCUGGAAGAUGGUUCUGCUCUGUCUCGGAAAGUGUUGGUCCUCUUUGUUGUGCAGAAACUAGAAGCUCGGUUCCCUCAGGCUUCCAAAACCAGCAUCGGCCAUGUCGUCCAGCUUCUGUAUCGGGCGUCUUGCUUUAAGGUCACCAAGAGAGAUGAAGACUCUUCCCUGAUGCAGCUGAAAGAAGAGUUCCGCACCUACGAGGCCUUGCGCAGGGAACACGAUGCGCAGAUUGUUCACAUCGCCAUGGAAGCAGGCCUUCGUAUUUCUCCCGAGCAGUGGUCUUCCCUCUUGUAUGGGGAUUUGGCACACAAAUCUCACAUGCAGUCUAUUAUUGAUAAGCUCCAGUCCCCAGAAUCCUUUGCAAAGAGUGUUCAAGAGCUGACGAUAGUUCUGCAGCGAACAGGAGACCCAGCAAACCUGAACUGUUUGAGGCCACACCUGGAACUUCUAGCAAAUAUCGACCACAAUCCAGAUGCUGCACCCCCUACCUGGGAUCAGCUAGAAAACGUGAUGCUAGCUGUGAAGAUCGUGGUGCACGGACUGGUGGACUUCAUCCAGAACUUCAGUAAAAAAGGGCACGAAACGCCACAGCCACAGCCAAACAGCAAAUAUAAAACCAGUAUGUGUCGGGACUUAAGACAACAGGGAGGCUGCCCACGGGGAUCCAACUGUACAUUCGCUCAUUCACAGGAGGAGCUUGAAAAAUACCGCAUGAGGAAUAAGAAGAUCAGUGGCACUGUGAGACCGUACCCCCUGCCUCAGACUGUGCUCAGCAAGACGGCGGGCAGCACCGCGGGCUCAGGGCUGGCGGAGGGCAUGGAGAAAGGGGCCCCCAGCAGCGCGGUCUUGAGCCUGGCAGACAGCACGGCCCCCAAGCUCAUUCCCCGGGGGGGUGACGCCUGCCUGGAAGAUCUGAAGAAACUGGCCAGGAGCGGAUCCAGCAGCUUGGGUGCCCUCUCCACCUCGCCCACCGAACCGAAAACGGGUUCCCCUCCCAAGACGCCCGUCAACCACGUCUCAGCUACCUCAGCUAUUCCUCCCAGUGUCGGAGCUGAUAGCAGUUCAGUACAUUCUAAGCCUGGACAGUUUGUUCCAAGAGUUUCCCUUUACCCUUCCCAGCAAGCGGACGUUUAUUACCAGGACCACAGGACACCUUACGACGUUGCGUCAUACCAACAAAGCAACAACUACUACACUCCCCCCCCUGCCAGCUUACAGCCGGGGCAGUGUGGCACGCGCUAUGUCCGUUCCAGCAACGUGCCUGAGGGCUCCCUGCCUCCCCCGUCCGUGCCCUACCCGGACCAGUACUCGUCCUUCCCCGGCCGGGAGCGCGUCGGCUCCUCGGCCUACCCCCCGCCGCCGCCGCCCCCGCCGCCCCCCUUUAUUUUUCAAAUGCACUUCCUAAGCUUCUUAUCUUUCCUCAUCAGGCACGUCUCUCAGACCGACUUUUUCCCGUGCGAUUUUAGAGAAUCCCUUAACCCCCGCCCCAUACUUGUUUUCACAAAGGUGUUGCUUGUUGUGCUGCAGGACUCAUACAGCCGAAUGCAGGUCGGCUACGAGGAGCUGUUCAGAAGGAAGCCGGAGCAGUGGGCUCACUACCACAGCCAGAAGCCCCCUCCGCUGGUGUCCCCUGCCCUGCCGCCCGCCACGCAGUCCCCCUCCCCCUCCUCCCCUCUCUUCACCGUCGAUUUCAGCACUGAGUUUUCAGACAAUUCAGGCGAUUAUGUGAGUUCCAAGUACAAGGGUGAAGAUCCUCCUUCCCACUACUCUCCCUGGUCCUGUGGCACCAUCAGCACUUGCAUUAAUGUUAUUGACUCUGAACCAAAGGAUGUAAUGGCCAAUUCCAGUGUGGAAUUAAUGGAUCACGACAGUCUUAGCAUAAAAAGGCGAAUGCACCUGUUUGAGCCUCACAGAAGACUGAAGGACGAGGAUCCUAUUAUCCCAUUUGGAGAAGGCCCCAUAAUCUCCAAGUGGGGUGCAAUUUCCAGGUCUUCCCGGACUGGCUACCACACCACUGACCCCAUCCAGGCCACUGCUUCCCAAGGAAGUACCACUAAGCCUAUCAAUUUCCGAGACUACGGUCCUUACAUUAACCACAGUGAUUCUAGAUGGAGCUCAUGUGGGUCAGACUCCUCAAACCAUUCCAGUUUUCUGGAAAGUGAUCAGCUGGGAGUCUCAGAUCUGAAAGCCCAGCGGAAGUCUUCCACCACUGGAGAUACCUUAAGCACAGACCUGCAGCAGGCUGAUUUUGCUGAAGACCUGGUGGACGACGAGCCAGAGAGAGACAUUGAACUUGAACUUUCUGCUCUAGAUGCCGACGAAGCAGACGUCCAGGAUGACAAACUAGAGGAUGCUCUCGAUUGCCAGCUUCGGAUUAAUUCUCACAACAACCACGUUUCCAACGGCUCUGCUGCUGGUAAUGGACACCAAAUUAAGCAGCAAGACAAAAUCGUGAUGGGAAGUCAUCUCCUGAAAAAGAUUGCUUUCAAAAAGUCCAUCACUCCAGCAGGGGGGCUCGGCUCACCUGGUCUCAGCAUUAACGAACUGGAUGUGAAAACGGAUCCCCUCAGGGCUGGAGAGGGCCGAAAGAGAGAGUUGACUCACCCUGCCAGCAAUGGAGAGAUGCUACUGAACGGAAGCUGAAAAAAGGAAGAAGAAAAAAACCAACAACAUUGCUUGUGACAUCUCACAGCAAGCAUUUAUAAUACUGCUUUUUAUACUCGUUAGUUUUUUUUUUUAAUUGGGUCAUCAAAGAUUCCUGUGGACCUUUUGAUACUAUUAAAGGAACCCUUUCGUUUGCAUUUUUUUUAACUUUGUCAAAUUGACAUGUUCAUUUUCCAACAUCUUAGGAAUUUGGACAUAACUUAAUGCUUAAAAGCAGCAUUAUAAUAGCCUGGUGCAAGAAGCAAAAGCCAUUUAUAAUACAGAAUGGCUUUUUAUUUUUUUUUUCAUUUCAGACAACUCAGUUUUUAAACUAGCAGGACCCUGCAACAAUGCAUCUAGUGGAACACUGUUUCUUUUCUCUGUCCAUUUCUGACUUUUCAUUCGUAUGGUAAUGUAGUCCUUUCUGUAAAGUCUCUGGUGUUUUAAGUGACAGUUGCACAUUUCAUGAAUGUUCCCUUGGUUUCACUGCUAAUGGUGAGAAAUUCACAUUUUAAUUUAUGAUUCCAAAUCACCACUGUUCUGCAGUAUGCUUCUAAAGCAGUAGGACUGGUGGAAAAAAAUGCACUUUUAUAUGUACUUCACAAGGCAGAGAGCACAGUUUUGUGGAGAUUUACAGCACUGUAAAAUUCACAAUAUUUACAGGAGGAAAAACACAUACUUCUGCCAUUAUAUAUAUGCUGUGUUACUUCACAAAUAUAAUGUAAAAUACACUGCAGGUUUCUGAUCUCAGUAGUACACCCUUUUAACUUGGUAAUGUUGCCUUGAUAGUAAGAAAAUGUUUGAAUUACAGGCAUACCAUGAUCCAAUUCAGAAAAUAUUUAAAUUACUGCUUAGCAUAGUGACAAAUAUAUUAAAAUUCCUUAAUCACUUUUUUGGAGUAACCUUGUUCGUGCUACAUUAUUUAAGCAUACAGCAGGUAGCAGCGCUAAACAGAAAUGAAAUCUGGCAGCUAGUGGCAGAAUUUGAUUUGUAUGACUAGUUACUGUAUUUACAGCAAGUGAAAUAUUUGCAGGGAUGCAGAUUGCAUGAAAAACUAUGUAAAAGAAAGAUUAGAAUGAUAAAUAAAAAGCUGUUUUUAUCUUGCAGCUGACAUUGCAGUAUAGGUUUUAAUUUAUUUCACAUUUUUAAUCUUAAAAUGUCGACAUUUGUAAAAUGUCAUUGCUUGGGAAUCUAAAAGGAUGAAAAAAGACAAAUGCUACACAUGAAACCACUAAUGCCACAAAUAGUUAUCUGAAACUUGAAAAUCUGUGGGUGUUGUAUUUUGUCAGGACACAGACUACUCACUGUUAAGCUACUAGCAUGCCUCAAUCACCUUUGAUACCACUGAUAAAUUACACAUGGAAGCAAAUUAGCUGGGAUAUGCAACCCUGUGUCCAGGGACAGUCCUUUUUGCUGGACUUGAGUGCCCUGCAUCAAACGCCAGAGAGAAAUGAGUUGGAAUCAAUGAAAUAAUAUGAUUUAGUAUGGCAAAAUACAGUAAAUGAAGUGCAGUGAAAAGGGGAAUCCAGUAUAUAUCCAUUUAAAUGAGUACAUGUCGGAUAUCAAAGAAUUACACUGGGAUGCACAACUUCACUAGCAGCAUCAGUUCAAAUGUCGACCGAUUUCCAGUUCAAGAGGCUUAUUAGGGUGCCGAAUGUUAUGCGGUUUAGCCAUUCCCUUGAAAACGAGAAAUUUUACAUUUUGAAGAUUAGCGCAGGUUUAUCUUUCCUAAAUUUCUGUUGAACAAAAUCCCACUGAAAAAAAUAUUGUUUUUUAAAAUUGGGCGAUAUUUGAGAGCGUUGCUCAUGAAACCACUAGAUGAUGUCUGGCAGUGCAGGGUGUGAAAUUGACCUGUAAAGGGUGUUUUUUUUUAUCAGUCCCAGAUCCGGGAAAUACAUUCACAGGCAUUGCACACAUAAUUGACUUUUUUUCAUCCUUAUAGAUCAGAAUAGCAUCACUAUCACAAGUCUUCAUUCGAGUCAUUUGUAUUUUAAUUUGUUCUUUUGAUUUUACAAAUUUUACAGGUUUUAAAACAUUUUAUGCUAACUUCUGUGAAGUUGUAUGUUAUAUUUUGUACUGGGAUUUUUUGUUUUUCAUUUUCUGAUAAUUUAAAAUGUCACCCAUUCAUCUGUCAUCAGUUUUUUGUGUUUGUUUUUUUUGCAAGGGUUGUCCUGCUAGUUAAAAGAUAAUGACAUGAAAAACAAGAUCAUGAUUAUGGUCAUUGAAGUUGGUGAAUUCUACACAGACCACAAAAAAAGUUGUUGUACUAAGGUUUUGUGCACUUAAUUCUUGAAUAGGUAUUUUCUCCUGAGGGCACUAGUAUUCAUCGUGAAGAGAAAUGGAAUUGCGCAUUGCUGCAUUCAGCAGUAAAACAGGCAACUUUCCUAUUCAUAAUAGGAUUUUAUAUUAUAGGUUUAUAACGAAAUGAACAACUGUGAUGUCUGGGCAUCAACUUGAUAAAUCUUAAAAGUUUUAUGCGUUUUCGAUUUUUUUUUUCUGAAUAGCAGGCGUAAAGUGACUGUAUGUUUGUUUUUUCGCAAACGUUUAGCAGGAUUUUAAGCCCGUUAAAUUGUUUUUCUUCAGUGUCUUCCAUCAAUCAGUGCUUUAUUCUGGUGUUCAGGCCUGUGUGGUAGUGCUAGAAAUUGCCUAGUUGUUGGCGAGAGAUGCCACACUCUAAAUCUAUUUUUUUACCAGCCUUUCUGCAUAGCUAUAAAUGUUAAAAAUGUUAUGCUGUUGUUGGCCUUACCGUUGCAUUCAAUUGUACUAUUAAUAUUUCUUACACAAGCAGUACUGUUGUUCUUCUGUACAUAUGUUCGUAUGGUAGGGACUGAAUAGCUUUCACCUUUUUUCCUGUAAGAUUUAGUUUGGAGGAAUACUGUAAUUAGCAUGCAUUUGUGUACCAGUGAGUGAAUGUACAAGUAAAACAGAGACUACAAUCUGGGGAACAACGUUGCGGUGAGAAAAAGAAUGAAAGAUUUUUAUAUCAAAGUUUAUACGGUGGGUGUGUGUAGGCAGUGCAGUUCGGACAAAUAAGAGUGUGCGUGUGUUUUUUUUCUGCAGCUGAAUGGCGUGAUUAAGUAGCCACAGAAGCUUUGAGAUUUGUCAAGUUGAAUACCCAGGCACUUGAAUUGUAGGCUUUCUGUUGUUUGGUUUCUUAAUAACAGAAGGGGUGAGGGGUAGAAAUGCUGUCUCUACAGCCCUCAGGGAAGAACCAUCCUCUUUGUGUUGCAAAACUACUGAUGGCAUCUUCAGCACCUACUGAGGGUGAACGCAUAUUACAUGAAUUAAUCUUGUGUAUGUAUCUUUUUACUUUGUAAUUAGUGCAGGGAGGGUUGUUUUUUUUUUGUUACUUCUUUUUUUUUAAAAAAAAAAAUGUCGUCGUGCUGUUCUGGAGAGGGAUUUGGGAUCAGUUGCUUCUACAUCGAGUUCUGUCGAAAGAGAGGGACGCCUUGGAUCGGUGAUGCUAGCGCCCGGAUCGUUGCCUCGCCCAGACUUACCGCGCGUUACCUGGCUGGGGGUUGUGUGGUUUUUGUUUUAGUAAGGAUCGUGCAUCGGAGCUAGCAACUCCUUCGUUAACUGCCUGGGGUAGCCGACGAGUGAACAGGUACAGGGAAUCUCCUCUUUCUUUAAUGGAAUCAAGUGCAGUACUGCCUGUACAAAUUAAAUUGCACACAUCCCACCAGCCCAUCCAGUAAAGGCCUCAAUUUAUCUCAGGCAUGGACAUGCAUGCGGUUCUUUAGCUGGGCAAAUAAGUACAUUAUACUGUAGUUGUGAUACAACACAUGUGGCUUUUAUUUGUACUGCACAUGCCCACUGUAUAGCCACCUGAAUUAUUGUGGUUAGCUUUGCAGCAUUUGCUGUCCGCAUUUCUACGGUUUUAUUGCAUAUUAUUUUCCCUGGAAACAAAAGAAGUCUUCUUUUUGUAUCGUUUGAAUUUUAAAAAUUUGCUUAGCUGGAAAACGUCAAGGGUGGGGGGUGGGGGGGAGGGAGGGGUUGAGAGGCCUGUUUGUCAAUUGUACAACCGAUUGUGGAGCUGACUUGUGAAUAUUUUUACGUCUGUAUUAGACAUUUUCUUUGCAAAUCUAUUGUUCGAUUGAAUUGUAAAUGAAAUAAAAGAUGGUACACAUCCGUCAUGUAUAAAGCUGGCACCAUCGUAAGAUGGAUUUAAUGCUCAUUUUUAUGACAUAAUCAGCUAUAUUUAAAUAUAGAUAUAUAUAGAUAUAUAAUUUAAAAUAAAAUCUUUAAAUGAAUGGGGGAAGAUAUCUAUAGGAAUAAUUUCUAUUCCAUUUGUUUAUUUUGAACUACAGAAUUGUAAUGGUUUCCCUUUUGUUUGGGGGAUCUGAGAGGCCAGGCUCUCCGGCCUGCAUUGGUGUGUGUGUUUUUUUUUAAGAGAUGUGGAAUAGCAAAGAAUCAAUUCUUUGUGUUUAAUGUUUGCUGUCGCACUGAAGUGUUGAACUGUUAGCUUGGCCUAUUCACCAGUGUAGAACAACCUGGAUGUGGGGAUUUUAACGAUGACUGAUGGGAGUUUGCAGUACCUGAAAUGUAUUUGCAUGCUUAAAAUAAAACUUGUCCACUGAA